AUGGCUGGCGAAUCGAGGUUUGCAACUUUGACAAGUGAGGAACUACAAGCAAUCCUAGAAAACCGCGAUAGUUCCAACACAAAACAAUGUAUAGACUCAGCGAAACGAGUGUUCAUUACAUACUGCACUGAAAAAGGACUGAUUGUGGACAACAUACUGCAAAAAACAAAAGGUGAAAUUGCUGAAAUUCUGAUCAACUUUUACGCUGAACUCCGAAGAAAAAAUGGUGAAUUGUAUAGUAGAUCUUCCAUGAUCAGCAUUAGGUUUGGUUUGCAGAGAUUUUUCCAAAAAAAUAACUAUGACAUUAUUAAUGACCCAGAUUUUCGUCUAUCAAACGAAAUGUACAAGGCAGUUUUGACAAACAUCAAACAAACUGGAAAGGGAACCACUCAACACAAGGAAAUUAUCAGCGAUGCUGACAUGGCAACAUUGUAUAGUAGCGGCGUCCUAAACGGAAACAGUCCACAGGGAUUGCAAUAUAAAGUUUUUCUUGAUGUGAUGUUCUACACAUGUAGAAGAGGAAGGGAAAAUCUGAGAAGUAUGAAGAAAACUGAUUUUGUUUUGAGGACAGAUGGCCAGGGAAGGAGAUAUUAUCUUAAUGUCGCUCAGUAUGAAACCAAAAAUCACAGAGGAAGUGACGUGAAUGACCAUGAUGCAUCUUCAGCAAGAAUAUAUGAAAUACCAGGACUCCCUCUGGAGGGCAUCAAAUGUAAAAAAAAACAUCCCAAAAGUCUCCUGGUCCAGUUCUGUACCCCGUGUGGUGUUCCCUUGUGUGUGGAGUGUACCAGCUCUGAGGAUCACAGCAGACAUGACCUUAGAAAUAUAGAGAAACUGUUUGAAAACAUUCACAGGAUAAAAGAUGGACAUAUAUUUCUGAUGUGCCUUCUUCUUUCCAAAUCCUACAAAAUAAACAUCAAAGAAAGAAAUUGGAUGACCAAAUAUAAUGCCGUUGCCAACAGUUUCCAUGCCAAGGAAGUCACAAAGCCAUUCGCUCCUACAGAUUUAGAAAAAUACAAACCAGUUCUGAAAUUCAAUGAAUCGGAAAUCAGUUUUUCCACUGAGUUCUUCAAAGAUAUCAGUUUCCUGAAAUUUUCAAAGAAUUCAGAAUUUCUUGAUAUUUUCUUGACUUGGGCAGAAAAAGGAAACAUCUCUGAGUACUGUAGAUCAUGGAAUUAUCAAAGAAGAGAAAAUGAAGUCUGCUGUUGGUUGCUGCCAGAAAAAACAGAGGAGUUGUUAGGAAGACUUGGGGAAGAUAUUUUCACGCACCCAACAAUGGAGGACCAGUCAUUCCAUGAAGCCGUAUUUAGAAAAUUCGGUGUACCAAUUCAGGUAAUAAUGAGGGGAGACAAAUCUGUCAAACUUUUCAUUGAAAAUCUAAGAAAAGGGAAGACCAUGAUGUACCACGCCUCUGGGAUGAUAAUCGGAUGUGCUGGUAGUGGGAAAACAACAUUACUACAAAGACUUAAAGGCAUCGAUCUGAAAGAAAUAAAGAAAAACACCAAUUCAACCAGGGGAGUUGAUAUCCACACUGAUGUCUUUGAAGUAACAGAUAACAUCCAUGUUAAUUCUUCAAAGUAUUCCUGA